AGUAUAUAGAUCAAAAUUGUUGGAUCUCCUCGGUCGAUAUCUGCACUUAGCGGCGAAACCAGAAGUGAGUUAGAGACGAUCGCCAGAACGAUGUCGAUUUCCGUCAAGCUGCUCUGGACUGUAGUCCUCUUCGCAACCCUAGCUCUGAGUCAGGCUAAGAAAUCCAAAGAGGAUCUGAAGGAAGUGACUCACAAAGUGUACUUUGAUGUUGAGAUUGCGGGAAAACCUGCGGGUCGUAUCGUGAUGGGUCUCUUUGGGAAGACAGUUCCUAAGACAGCAGAAAACUUUCGAGCACUGUGCACAGGGGAGAAAGGUGUUGGAAAGAGUGGGAAACCCCUUCAUUACAAGGGGAGUACAUUCCAUAGAAUUAUUCCCAGCUUUAUGCUCCAGGGAGGUGAUUUUACACUCGGUGAUGGAAGAGGUGGCGAAUCAAUUUACGGAGAGAAGUUUGCCGAUGAGAAUUUCAAGCUGAAGCACACUGGACCAGGGCUUCUUUCAAUGGCAAAUGCUGGCCCAGACACCAACGGUUCACAGUUCUUCAUUACAACCGUCACAACUAGCUGGUUGGAUGGCAGACAUGUGGUGUUUGGAAAGGUGCUAUCUGGUAUGGAUGUGGUUUACAAGGUUGAAGCUGAGGGAAAGCAGAGUGGCACUCCCAAAAGCAAAGUCGUGAUUGCAGACAGUGGUGAACUUCCUCUGUAGUUGAACUCGUCGUUAAAUGUUUACUGUAUUAACUUUAGCUAUUCUAAUUUCUGUCACUCUCUCUCUCUCUCUCUCUGAAGACAGCUCGUACCAACGAGUCCCUUAAAUUAAGUUACUUUCUGUCGAACAUUACUUGUGAGGAAGCAAUCAUAUAUCUUAUCAUACUUGUUUUGAACCUA